AUCUGUCGUCUCUCGCACGAAGUUGCGUUCGUUCGUUCCUUCAUUCCAUCAAAAUUCGGGCAUUCCCGGGCGCACAGUUGUACAGUGUGAACCACGGUUCUAGUUUCGAUUGAUUUUUUUCGUAUUUUUUAUUUCUUCAAGAUUUAAUCAUAAGCGUGGCUAGCCAGGGAAUAAAAAGGAAAAUGAGUAGCUCCGAGGAGGUUUCUUGGAUUUCCUGGUUCUGCGGACUUCGUGGCAAUGAGUUCUUCUGUGAGGUGGACGAAGACUAUAUUCAGGAUAAGUUCAACUUGACCGGACUGAACGAACAAGUGCCGAACUACAGACAGGCACUUGACAUGAUAUUGGAUCUGGAACCAGAGGAUGAGAUAGACGACAAUCCGAACCAGUCCGAUCUGAUCGAGCAGGCGGCCGAAAUGCUGUACGGCUUGAUCCACGCUAGGUAUAUCCUUACCAAUCGCGGUAUAGCUCAAAUGAUAGAGAAAUAUCAAAGCGGCGACUUUGGUCACUGCCCGCGGGUGUACUGCGAGAGCCAACCGAUGCUUCCAUUAGGUUUAUCCGAUGUGCCCGGUGAAGCGAUGGUGAAAAACUACUGUCCAAAGUGCAUCGAUGUCUACACACCAAAGUCCUCGAGACACCAUCACACGGACGGGGCCUACUUUGGCACCGGUUUUCCUCACAUGCUGUUCAUGGUACACCCCGAGUAUCGCCCGAAACGUCCCGCCAACCAGUUCGUGCCGCGCUUGUACGGCUUCAAGAUCCACUCGUUAGCCUAUCAAAUUCAGCUUCAGGCGGCUGCCAACUUUAAAGCGCCAUUGCGAGGGGUAAUAAACAGUAAUCGGGGCCCUUUGGAAAAUGUACUAGUAUCAAAAGCUCCGAAAACCGAAUGCAAAGCUUAGUCGUUCGAAUAAGUUUGCACUGUGCAUUGAUGAAGUGUUCAGCAAAGGUAAUGGACAACUGAGGCGCCGAACGAUCAGUCAAGGGAAAAGUAGUUUGACAAGCACCGGCAACGAGAAUGGGACGACGAGAGGACGUGACUACUUGAACAUUGAACAAUAAACCCAAUGUGGAUACAACAACAGCUAGUGGUUGUUAAGCAUAAAAAAAAUAAAAUAAAACUAGGGACAAAUACAAAACAACAAAAAACACAAGUAAAAAAAAUAGGGGAAGAAAUGAAAUUUCUAGAUAAAUAAGCGGAAAAAGCAGAUGAAAUACUAGCGAAUAAAGCAAACAAUUGUACAUCCUCUAAUACCACCAAAACCAUGGAGUAAAGAAAACGAAACUAACAAACGCGAAAGCAAAACAGCAUCGCAUUAAAACUUAGGAGAACAUCUUUCUAGAAAAUGAGAUAAUCUAUCUCACUAACAUUCAUAACACUAUUGUCAUUUCUUCUACAUACAUUUGAAAACGUUGAAGGAUUGCAUCCCAUGCACGAGUCGGAUCCUAGUGGUAUAAUUUUUGGAGAUGUAAGUGGAACACAAAAAAAAACUAAAUUAAAUAUAAACAUAAACGUAAAAGUACACAAAAUAU